UGCAUAGACCAUUCGGUCCAAUGUGUUACUCUUCAAGCUACUUUCUGACUAACCCAGCCUCUUCUCCCUCCACUUGGCUUUAGCUCCCAUUGAGAUAGCAUUUGUUCCUCAGAUAUCCUCGUGCUGACAGGAUCAAAGUUUAUAGCCAAGAUGGUGCACGGUUCGGGAUCUCGAAAGAUCUCUUUCAAUGUCUCCGACCAGUAUGACAUCCAGGAUGUCAUCGGAGAGGGUGCUUACGGUGUUGUCUGCUCCGCUCUGCACAAGCCUUCGGGCCAGAAGGUCGCUAUCAAGAAGAUCACUCCCUUCGACCAUUCCAUGUUCUGUCUACGUACGCUACGAGAGAUGAAGUUGCUGAGAUACUUCAACCAUGAAAAUAUCAUUUCUAUUCUCGAUAUCCAGAAGCCUCGCAGCUAUGAGAGCUUCACAGAGGUGUACCUCAUCCAGGAGUUGAUGGAGACCGACAUGCACCGUGUCAUCCGUACUCAGGAUCUUUCCGACGAUCACUGCCAGUAUUUCAUUUACCAGACUCUUCGCGCCCUGAAGGCGAUGCACUCAGCGAACGUUCUUCAUCGUGACCUGAAGCCAUCAAAUCUUCUCCUGAAUGCGAACUGCGACUUGAAAGUCUGCGACUUCGGUCUUGCCCGUUCUGCUGCAUCCUCAGAUGACAACUCCGGCUUCAUGACGGAGUAUGUCGCUACGCGUUGGUACCGUGCACCUGAGAUCAUGUUGACCUUCAAGGAAUACACCAAGGCCAUUGAUGUUUGGAGUGUGGGAUGUAUCUUGGCUGAGAUGCUGAGCGGAAAGCCUCUGUUCCCGGGCAAGGACUACCACCACCAAUUAACCCUUAUCCUGGAUGUUCUGGGAACCCCGACAAUGGAGGAUUACUACGGUAUCAAGUCUCGUCGUGCACGGGAGUACAUCCGUUCGCUACCUUUCAAGAAGAAGAUUCCAUUCAAAGCUCUUUUCCCAAAGAGCAACGAUCUCGCCCUUGAUCUCCUCGAGAAACUGCUUGCCUUCAACCCUGUAAAACGCAUCACGGUCGAAGAAGCGCUACGCCACCCUUACCUGGAGCCUUACCAUGAUCCGGAUGACGAGCCCACUGCUGACCCUAUUCCCGAGGAGUUCUUUGAUUUCGACAAGAACAAAGAUUCCCUUAGCAAGGAGCAGUUGAAGGCCCUCAUCUACGAGGAGAUCAUGAGGUAGGAAAUUGCCUCUCCGGGAAU